UGAAUCUUGAAUUGAUGAACGUGAUUUUCACUAUUCCUCGUAAAAUAUUUCUAUAAUCGACACUUACAGAAAGGUGUCGACGACAGAUAAAUCUGUUUUGGGAUAUUUUCUUUCAAUUGCGUGAUAGUGAGAGAUAGUCAAGAAUAAAAUAAUAGGGAAACAAGCCGUGAGAGGAGAUUUCGAACAUGCAUUCAAAAAUGAAAUUUCGAGUGGAAGUUUUAAUUCAACCCAAACGAUGAGCCAAUGUAUUUCGGACCUGCAAAAAAUGGGCCUUGACUUGAAGGAUUUCAAAUUGUCAUGGGCUUGGAGAAUGUUGGAUGCUACAUCCAAGUUAAGAUCCGGACUAGCUGUAUUAAGUGAUGAUAUUGGCCAGUUUGAUGAGUGUAUAAGUACUACUAGUGAUGAUGGUGAUAUAACUGGAAAAUAUUGCCUUGGGUCAAUCUCCUUUGAUGUGAAGGAUGACAAUUUUCAACUUUUGUAUGAUAUGAAGCGACGACUGAAGAAGAAUGCAGCGGCAUUAGCUGGUAGUCCAACCUCAAACUAUCAGUUAACAUGGGCGGCUUGCCUUCCAAGCUCUUGUGGUGCAGAAACUUUCGAAAUAGUUUUUAGUGAAAUCUUUCGAAAGAUUCAACCAGGAUUGAAAGUUUCUUUCAGCGAAGAGAAGUGUGCAACGAAAAAUGAUGAUAACAAGUUGACAACUGGAGCUAUAAUCACAAUUGUAAUUUUCUGCAUCAUAUUUCUCAUAAUGCUACUCUCCACUGGAUACGAUAUUUACUGCCAGAACUUUAGCAAAAGUAAAUCUCAUCCGGUACUUUUAGCCUUUUCAAUGUAUACUAAUUCGAAAAAACUAUUUACUAUGACCAAGAAUAACAAUCAGCUGGAAUGUCUGAAUGGUUUGAAAUUUUAUAGUAUGCUAUGGGUUUUACUUGGACACACUUAUUCCAUUGGAAAAGGUGCCCCUCUGUAUAAUUAUUUGGACCUGGUAGCAUGGGCAGACAAUAUUCAUAGCAUGAUUUUAAUUAGUGGCACACUAUCUGUAGAUACAUUUUUUAUUGUUGGUGGUGCUCUUGUCACUUACGUUUAUAUGCAGUCGAUGGAAAAGGGAAAGAAAUUCAAUAUCAUAAUUUACUAUCUACAUAGGUAUAUAAGGCUUACUCCCGCUUUAGCAGCUCUGGUACUAGUGGUGGCGACAGUGUACCCUUAUCUAGGCAAUGGUCCACAUUGGAGUGAUGUACGAGCCAAUCAAAAAAUGUGUCAGGAUGUAUGGUGGGCUACGAUAUUUUACUUCCAAAACUAUUUAGGACAAAAUGAAAUAUGUGCUGGUCACAGUUGGUAUUUAGCUGUGGAUAUGCAGUUGUAUUUACUAUCACCUAUCAUUCUAUAUCUCUUGAGAAAAUUCCCGAAACAGGCAAUAUCAGGAUUGAUAGCUGUUAUAAUAGGAAUAUGUGGAAUGAACUUUGGCUUAGCUUGGAGCAACCAUUACCAUGCUAUCCUAAGCAAUUUAUAUGGGGACAAUACAGAGUUUAUGAUGAAAUUUUACAUUAAAACUCAUAAUAGAGCUAACGUGUGGUUAACAGGUGUUCUUGUUGGCUAUGUUAUUCACCAAAUAAAGCAGAAGAAACUGAAUUUAAGAAUGAAUAAGAUCAUUAUUUUCGCUAUAUGGGUAGUAACCUUGGUUUCAUUGCUAAUAUGUAUUUUUAUCGGGCAUGGUUCUUUGAGAACUAAAGAAUAUCAACAAUGGGGAAAUAGUUUACAUAUAGCACUCAUAAGACAAUAUUGGGCUAUGGGAAUAAGCUGGAUUAUGGUCGCUUGUAUUUCUGGAUAUGGAGGACCAGUUAACUGGUUUUUGUCAUUACCAAUAUACCAGGUGUUGAAUAGAUUUACCUACAGUGUUUAUAUAGUACACUAUAUGAUCAUCACGCUAUGGUUCGCUUCAAUGAAGAGUCCAAUUUAUUUUAGUGACUGGAUGAUGGGGUAUUUCUUCUGGGGAAACCUCUGUUUCACUUCUAUUGUCUCCUACUUUUGGGUCUUGGCGUUUGAGUCACCGAUAAUAAUUCUUGAGAAAAUUUUUUUGAUGCCAUUGAUGAAGUCGUGAGAACUGUAGGAGAUUCAAAUUGGAAGUGAUUUACCUUAACUAAGUAUUACUUUUUGAAUUUUUUUGUUAUUAAUUAUGAUCCUUAACCACUUUAAAAUCUUUGGGAAUAUCUUUGAUUGAAAAAAUCAAUAGCUGUCAUAAUUAGAAGGAAGUUAUUCAAAAAAUAAUCAUUUGUAAUGUGAAACAAAAACAACAACAUUUAUAAAAAUAAAAUAAAAAUCAUUUUUAUUUCAA